UAACCCCCCUUUGGCCUUUGCUCUCUCUCGAUCCCAGCUUCCGAGUUCUGACUCUGAAACAGAGAGAUCUGAAUAACACCUUUGAAGAUCAGCGAUGGCGCAACCACUCGUGAAGAAAGACGACGAUCACGAUGAUGAGCUGGAGUAUUCUCCAUUCAUGGGAAUUGAGAAGGGAGCAGUGCUUCAGGAAGCUAGAGUCUUCAAUGACCCUCAGCUUGAUCCUAGAAGGUGCUCGCAGGUCAUCACGAAGCUUCUUUAUUUGCUUAACCAAGGAGAGGCAUUCACCAAGGUUGAAGCAACAGAAGUUUUCUUUUCCGUUACAAAGCUUUUCCAAUCAAAAGAUACUGGUUUAAGGAGAAUGGUCUACUUGAUCAUAAAGGAGUUAUCUCCAUCAGCGGACGAGGUUAUUAUUGUAACUAGCUCCUUGAUGAAGGACAUGAACAGCAAGAUUGAUAUGUAUCGUGCAAAUGCUAUCCGUGUCCUUUGCCGAAUUAUAGAUGGAACCCUUCUUACACAAAUUGAGCGGUACUUGAAACAAGCUAUUGUGGAUAAGAAUCCUGUUGUUUCAAGUGCAGCUUUAGUCAGUGGACUUCACAUGCUAAAGACAAACCCAGAAAUUGUUAAAAGAUGGAGCAACGAGGUUCAAGAAGCUGUCCAGUCUAGAGCAGCCCUUGUUCAGUUUCAUGCCUUGGCUUUGCUCCAUCAGAUACGUCAAAACGAUCGCUUGGCUGUCAGCAAGUUGGUUGAUACCUUGACGAGGGGGGCUGUCCGCUCUCCUUUGGCCCAGUGUCUAUUGAUACGAUACACCAGUCAGAUAAUCCGAGAUAUGUCCAACCACGGCCAGUCUGGGGAACGUCCAUUCUAUGAUUUCUUGGAGAGUUGUCUGCGCCAUAAGGCAGAAAUGGUGAUCCUUGAGGCUGCCAGGGCUAUCACUGAGCUUGACGAUGUGACAAGCCGAGAACUGACUCCAGCAAUCACUGUGCUCCAGCUCUUCUUGAGUUCCCCUAAACCAGUGCUGAGAUUUGCUGCUGUUCGGACUCUUAACAAGGUUGCAAUGACUCAUCCCAUGGCUGUCACCAACUGCAACAUUGAUAUGGAAAGUUUAAUAUCUGAUCAGAAUAGAAGUAUUGCUACACUUGCUAUUACCACACUCCUGAAGACAGGGAAUGAAUCUAGUGUGGAACGGUUGAUGAAGCAGAUAACUAAUUUCAUGUCAGAUAUUGCCGAUGAGUUCAAAAUUGUGGUUGUGGAUGCCAUAAGAUCAUUGUGUUUGAAAUUUCCACUGAAGUAUAGAUCACUGAUGAACUUCUUAAGCAACAUUCUUAGAGAAGAAGGUGGAUUUGAGUAUAAAAGGGCAAUUGUAGAUUCCAUCGUAACCAUUAUCAGAGAUAUUCCAGAUGCAAAGGAAAAUGGAUUGCUCCAUCUUUGCGAGUUCAUUGAAGAUUGUGAAUUCACAUACCUUUCAACACAGGUAAUUGUUUUUUGA